AUGCUCGACGCUAAUGAUGACGGCGACAAUGACGAGGAUUUCUAUAGUGGCGGCGACGACGACGCAGCCGCCGCUAUGGACAGCGACGAAUCUGGAGUUGCGGAUUAUGAGUUCAUCGACAACGACUCCGACGAUCCAAUGAUGUCGCCUCACAUCGAUACCAGGUUAGGUUUUAUUGAUUUAUCAGAAGAAAUGUGA